AUGACUAAUAUGCUGUUGGGCAGGUAUGCUGAUGGAUCUAUUCGAGCAUGGAACAUUGAACAAACAACUUUUCCCUUAUUUUUAAUGGUCACCGAACAGCUUUGGCAUUCGAUAAAUCUGGGGAUGCGAGGUCAUAAAGAUCAAGUUACUGCAAUUCGAUUUAUCAGUAAACCAUCUUUAGAUGGUACGAUUAUUGUACAUCGCGGUGAAAUAUGGGAUUUUGAUGUAACAAAGGAUGUAAAGUUAAUUGUUACUGGAAGUGACGAUGAUGAUUUAAAACUAUGGACAGUUGAUCAUGACGUGUUAGCUCAAGGACUUGAAUCAGAAAUUAAAUUGAAUGAUGAAAAUAAAAAGAAAAUUGCCCGUCGUAAGAAACGGCAGAAAGAAAAAAAACAAAAGGCUGGAGAAGAUUCUAAUAUGGAUAUUGAUGAUGACUUGACGGAAAUUAAUGUUAGUGAUAUGUUAACUCCAUAUCAUAUGGUUCGAAGAUACGAUCGGUUGAUUUUUCACCAAAAGAUGAUAUUACAAGAUCUGGUUCUUAUGUCUUUAACAAAUAAUACUCUCGAACUUUACACGAUAGGCCUCAAGAAAAAAGAUAAAUUAUUAGAAAAUGCCAUUUUAUCAAAAUUGUAUUCCAUUGACCUUCCUGGCCAUCGUAAUGAUAUCAGAACUUUAACAUUAAGUUUUGACGAUGAAUUAUUGUGUUCUGCAUCAAAGAGCACACUUAAACUUUGGAAUAUGAGAACUACGUCAUGUCUUCGAACAAUUGAUUGCGGAUACGCUUUAUGUAGUAAUAAUCGGUACAAAACUUGGGUAUUUGGAAUUAUUUUUAAUAUCGCGUCUUCAUCUCAAAUAGAAUCAAUUGAAGCACAUGAUGGACCAAUAUGGUCCUUACAAGUUCGACCAGACAAACGCGAAUUGGUGACAGGCAAACGUCAAAUGUUGGGAAUUUAG